UUCGUUUAACGAGAUGUCGGAUUCGAAUUCGCCGAAAACAGAUGCGAGUAGUCCAAGCCUUUCGGGAAACUUACGACAAUUUCGAUUUAAGAAGAAACAACUGAAACCGUCGAAUAUGUCGGAUGAUGAUAGUAAUUUAAUGGGUUCUGAGAUACAAUUUCGACGCAAGGCAGUGAAUGUAAUUGAAGAUAGCGAUAGUGAUGCGGGUAGCCCUAUUAAAAAAACUAGCUCCCUUCGUCAUACAGAUAAGGAAAUACAUAAUAACAUAAAUUGGAACAGUGAUGACGGUGAUGGAGACUCCAGAAAAAAUAAGAGAAAUAGAACCUUUAAAGAUUCUUCCAGAAUCAAUAAGAAAAAAAGAAGAAAAUUAAAUACUGAGGAAGAUGUGGAUAUUGAUUCAGAUGAAGCAGGCUUUAAAGAUAAAGUGUUUGAUAGUGAUGAAGAUUCAGAUAUAGAAAUAUCUAAUGAGCUUACAGCUGAUAAGAAAGCAGUUUUAGAAUUUAUGCAAAAUGCUCUUACCUCAGAAUUACUGUUAAUGUCUCAAUGUUCACAAAAGAAAGCAAGUGCUAUCACAGAAGCAAGACCAUUUGAAAAUUGGAGAGAUCUAGUUCAAAAGUUUCAAAAUAAUAAAUAUCUAGAUACAGAACUUUUGAAUUCAGCUCAGGAAUUACUAGCUACUAGACAUGCAGUAGAGACUCUCAUGAAAAAAUGUCUACGCUUAUCUACAAAUAUAGAAAGAGCUGUUGCUGCAGGAGCAUCGGCUAUCACAAGUCAACCCAAGGCAUUAUCACCAAAUUUAAAAUUAGCCCCAUAUCAAAUGGUUGGAUUGAAUUGGCUUGCCGUGAUGCACGCACAAAGUGUUAACGGAAUACUCGCAGAUGAAAUGGGUUUAGGAAAAACGGUUCAAGUAAUAGCUUUUCUUACAUAUUUAAAAGAGGCUGGCCUCAGAGACGAGAAAGAUGGACCACAUUUAAUCGUUGUUCCUAGUUCGACGAUGGAAAACUGGAACAACGAGUUGGAAAGGUGGUCACCUAGCUUGAAAGUUAUACAAUAUUAUGGUUCUCAGGAAGAACGAAAAGAGAUGAGAUUAGGUUGGCGAAACGGUGAUUUGGAUGAUGUUGACGUUUUAUUAACUACGUAUAAUUUAGUGAGCAGUACACCAGAAGAACGUAGAUUAUUUCGCGUUAUGCCUAUCCAUUAUGUUGUUUUUGAUGAAGCUCAUAUGUUAAAGAAUAUGAGCACCAUUCGAUAUGAAAAUCUUGUUAGGAUUAAUGCUAAACAUCGAAUUUUAUUAACGGGUACCCCUUUACAAAAUAAUUUAUUGGAAUUGAUGUCGCUUUUAAUAUUUGUGAUGCCUUCAUUAUUUGCCGGAAAGCAAGCCGAUCUAAAGAGUUUAUUUUCAAAGAAUCCUAAACUACCAGCAGUUAAAAAAAAUGGUGAGCAACCAUUAUUUGAGCAAGAACAAGUAAAAAAUGCAAAGCAAAUCAUGAGACCAUUUGUACUUCGUCGAUUGAAAGCCGAAGUCCUUCGAGAUUUACCAGCAAAAAGUGAACGUGUGAUUAAGUGUCCAAUGAUAGAGAAACAGCAAAAAAUGUAUACUAAUUUAGUUGCUGAAUUCUCAGCUGAGGCUGAUCAAAGUACCGAGGUUAAUGGUAUUGGUAUGAUGAUGCAGUUGAGAAAGUUGGCUAAUCAUCCGCUUUUAGUGCAAGACUAUUACAACGAAUCUAAAUUAAAAAUAAUAUCGAAUAGAUUAGCAAAGGAACAUUCAUAUAAGCAGAAAAAUGCAGAUUUCAUAUUCGAGGAUUUACAGUGGAUGUCCGAUUAUCAAGUAAAUCAAUUAACAAGAACAUAUAAAAGUUUAGCUGGAUUGGGUUUACCUCAAGAACUUAUACCUGAAGCUGGAAAAUUAAAAAUAUUGGAUGAAUUGCUAUCAAAGCUGAAAGAAGAAGGACAUCGCGUACUAAUUUUCAGUCAAUUCACGAUGAUAUUAAAUAUUUUAGAAGAAUAUUUAACGAUUAGAGGACAAACGUACUUAAGAUUAGAUGGAAGUACACCGGUAACAGACAGACAGUGUUUGAUAGAUCAGUAUACAGAAGAUGAAAGUAUAUUCAUAUUUUUACUAUCUACAAAAGCUGGAGGCUUGGGGAUCAAUUUAACAGCUGCCGACACUGUUAUAAUUCACGAUAUUGAUUUUAAUCCGUAUAAUGAUAAGCAAGCGGAAGAUCGUUGUCAUAGAGUAGGUCAGAAAAGACCAGUUAGCAUAAUUAGAUUAUUAAGCGAAGGUACAAUAGAAGAAGGCAUGUAUGAAAUAGCUCAGGAUAAAUUACAUCUUGAACAACAAAUUACCGGUGAUGAAGAGAAUGAAAGUACGGACAAGAAGAGCGUAUUAAAAUUACUUAAGAUGACGUUAGGGCUAGAUCACAACAGAUCGUUAUCGCUGUCUCCAGCGAAAAAUGCGAGAACAAGUAAUGGAUUAAUGAGCAGCGAAGCAAACUGUAAUAUAGAAUUUUAA